UAAACAGAAAACUGCCCUGCGACAAGAAUGAACAUAUUAUUUAUCUUCAAAUUUAUAUUUUAAACUUAGCAAACGUUAAUAGUACAAGCUAGCUUUAGCUAGCCAACAUAUGUCACUUACGGUUGGUUAGCGAUAGCUAAUGAUCAAGUCUAUCUGACACGCGUUGCGGACUAUUUUAAUGCUCAAGUUAAACGUUUCUUACUUAAAUGAAUUCCACGUCGCUAUGGGCUUCGUGAAGCUCAGUUACGACGUGUCGCUCCCGCGACACGGAAAUAAAAACAGCUGGCGGAUGGAAAACGCUACUGACGUUAACGUCAUGUAAACGUUAAAUAUUAGGUUCAUGACCCGAAUAAACCUUUAUAACCUAGCUACUUGGUAUGUAGGUGCAUCCUAUCUGGUAAUAACCAGUUACAGUACGUCCAGGUGACACAGCUGCACCAGGCUUACAUUUACAUAGACAUCACAGUAAGAUUCGCAUUUCUUCAUAGGAGCAUGGCUGAGCGAACCGACGGCCUCAACUUCACUGACCAUGCCUCUCUACAUUAUUCAGAAAUGAAGCUGGACAGGAUCUAUAUGGACUACAAUGCUACCACUUCACUGGAGCCAGACGUGAUUGAGACCAUUACUGAAGCCCUUCAGGAUGCCUGGGGUAACCCAAGCAGCAACUAUAUAGCAGGUGCCAAAGCCAAGGCAAUCAUUAAUCAGUCCAGAGAGAAUGUGGCGAGGAUGGUUGGUGGUAAAGCAGAGGACAUAAUUUUUACUUCAGGUGGAACAGAGGCUAAUAACCUGGUGCUCCACACUGCUAUAGAGCACUUCAGGAGAAACUGCAGGGCAGCAGAACAAGGCGAAGGGCACCAGAAUGGCUGCACUGGCCUUCCUCACAUUAUUACCUCUAACGUGGAGCAUGACUCAGUCAAACUGGCAGCUGAGCACCUGCAAAGAGAUGGCAAGGCAGACGUGACAUUUGUGCCUGUGUCCAAGGUGACAGCUCGCGUGGAGGUGGAGGACAUCAUUGCUAUGGUGCGCCCCAACACUUGUCUCGUCUCUAUCAUGCUGGCCAACAACGAGACAGGCGUCAUCAUGCCAGUCCAAGGGAUUUGCCAGAGAAUCAAAUUUCUUAACAAGCAGCAAGAGCGGCUCAGAAUCCUGAUCCACACUGAUGCUGCGCAGGCUCUGGGAAAAUUUCGAGUUGAUGCCUGUGAGCUGGGUGUGGAUUACCUUACCAUAGUAGGACACAAGUUUUAUGCCCCUCGGAUCGGUGCUUUGUAUGUGAAAGGACCAGGAACAAAAACACCAUUGUAUCCGAUGCUGUUUGGAGGAGGACAAGAGAGAAGCUUCAGACCAGGCACUGAAAACACACCAAUGAUUGCUGGACUAGGAAAGGCUGCAGAACUGGUUGCUGCUAAUCUGCCAGAGUACGAGGCUCACAUGAGAAGUACAAGACUCUACUUAGAAGAACAACUGAAGGCCACCUUUAAAGACAAACUUCACUUCAACAGCCAUUACCCUGGCUCUGAUAUCCUCCCAAACACAUGUAACGUGUCCAUCCUGGGGCCAACAUUACAAGGCUGGAGGGUAUUGUCCCACUGUAGGAAGCUAUUGGCCAGUGUUGGUGCUGCCUGCCACUCAGACAGUGGAAACAGGCCUUCCCAUAUUCUUCUGAACUGUGGGGUUCCCACAGAGGUCGCAGCUAAUGCUCUGAGGUUGAGCUUGGGCAGGAGAACAACCAAAGAAGACGUGGAUGCAGUUGUGGACGACCUGAAGGAAGCUGUGCUACAGCUGGAAAGAAUGAACUGAUGAACUUCAGUUGCUCCAACCUACUGUAAUUUGUCCUGUAGGUCAGAAUAAGGAUGUGCAGAAUUACCAAUUCAUUGUGUGCGUUUAUUGUUACAACAAUUAACUAUGUAAAACUGAUCAUUUAUUUAAUAUGGAUAUAAAGGGAAGAACUUGGAGUGACCUGAGGUGUGAUGGUAUGAGAGUCAUGUGCUCGGUUUCCAUCACGUCAUAUGAGUAGCUCAUCUGCUAAUUGGAGCCUGGGCAACAUGUAUAAAUGUAACUGAAAUUAUUCAAUUAUAUAAUUUUUCUAUUAUUUUCUCUUAUUAUUGCUUUCUUAUUGGUGCCCUAAACAGCUGAUUGACAACAAAGACAAAUCAUCUUGCUCUUAUUAAUUUAUUAAAUACAAAAAUUCAAACGUAA